AUGGCUACUUUCAGGCUAGAAUUUGUUCCAACAUAUCACCAUGACACCUACGACGCAAUCUCUGAAACAGACCCCGAACUAUCCUGUGAGGGAAAAGUCGUCUUUGUUACAGGCGGCGGUCGAGGAAUUGGUCGUGAAAUCGCAAGGUCCUUCGCCGUCGCUGGAGCUAAGGGCAUAUUUAUCAUUGGAAGGACUGGUACAGAGUUACUCAGUGCUGUAGAAGAGAUUAAAAGUGUCUCUACGGGCACUCCAGUACCAGUUCAUCAUGCCGAAGCCGAUAUCACUGAUAGAGCAGCUGUUGCAUCUGCCUUUCAGCAGGCUAUUGCAGCAUUCGGCCACAUCGAUAUCCUCAUCCAGAACGCAGGAUAUCUAGAUGCCCAUCGCUCGCUGUUGGACUCUGAUCUCGAUGACUACUGGAAGACGUUUGAGAUCAAUGUCAAAGGAGGCCUAGUUGUAACCCAGCAGUUCCUGAAGCAAAGCAAGCCCGAUGACACGAUUAUCAAUGUCGGAUCUGGAGCAGGGCAUUUACCCCCCAUCCCGGGUUACUCUGCGUAUUCUUCAUCAAAGCUCGCAUUCGCGAAGGUGAUAGAAUCUGUCCAGUUGGAAAACCCUCAUCUCCGCGUUUUCAGCAUCAACCCCGGGGCCAUUGCCACAGAGAUGCAGAAGAAGUCUGGUGAUAUUGCCACAGUGGACAACAUUCGGCUCCCAGCGUCGUAUUGUGUCUGGCUGGCUACUUCGAAAGAGGCUGAUUGUCUGAAGGGCAGGUUUCUUUGGACCAAUUGGGACGUCACAGAGCUGCUGCAGCGGAAGGAUGAAAUAGAGAAGCAGAAUCUUUUAACUCAUGGCCUUCUUGGUCUGUAA